GGUUUCUCAGCUGGAAUGUGGUUAGGCGACUAUAGCUACUGGGUGGGACAGGCACACACACAAAGUGUGUGUCUUUGCAGUAAUGGUGUCGGCCGUUUUGUCCUUUCUAGUCUUCGUGUCCUGUGUCCUCUUUCUACCAACUAUAUGGGCUGAUGACUGUUCCAGCUACUGGGACGACAGCGGCGUUCGUCACGAUGGUCUCCAGUGUGGUGGGAUGGACUGCUGUGGAACCUGCAGCAUGAAAUAUUGCUGCACUAAAGGGCAAAGUCGGCUAACCCAAGAGCAACAGGAAAUCUGUGAUGACAUGCCUCGCUUUGCGAAGUUCUCCAGGCCUGCCAUAGUUUUAGGCAGCAUCCUCGGUACAGUCCUUCCCAUUAUCUUCUGCGUGGGUCUCAUUACCUGCUUUAUGGUUCCAUGCUGCUGUCUGUACAAAAAGUGCAGGAAACAACACAAUUCGCGGCGACGUCAAAAUGUGACAUCCACCUUUGUCGCCGCACCCCACCAGCCGGCCUCCCCACCUCAUCCGUCCCAUCCUAGCUACCAGCCUGUGCCGGUCCACGGAGGCCCCGCCAUGCCCACUGCACCGGUGGGCCCACCACCAUACAUUGGACCCGUUCCUCCAGCAUACACUCCACUUCCUCUACCACCACGUCCAAAUGAACAUCCCCAACCUCCCUACAAUCCUGCCUACGGCUUCAACCCCUAAAUCGGAAAGGAGUGUGCUUGUCAUCAGAGUCUGAAAUCAUUUGGUAUUGCAAUGCAUUUUCAGGGACCUUUAAACCCACGCACAGCAAACAGCUUAAAGUAAUUGUGAAUAAGUAACAUCCAAACCUGGGUGAUUCUGUAAUAACAUAUUAAGAUUGACAAAAUUCAAUGAAAUUUAUAAAACACAAGUGUAAAUAUCAAUCUUGCAACUAUCCACUGUUGAAGCCGCAAAUAAAAUAAGACAAAAAACGUCA